AUGACCGAAACAGCGCACAAUUACUCCUACCAGGCAAUUCCCGCCGCCUUUGCCUUCAGCUUCUUGCCUCAUGGCUACUACCUCACACGAUUGAUGAUGGCUACCAAGUUCCAAUUCUCGACUGCAAUGCCACGAACCAAUCUCGAGACAUGGAAAGGCAAGCUCCCCCAAGAUGUAUGGAACCAACUCGUUCGAGCACGCGGUGCACAUUUAAACUGCAUGGAGGUGUUUCCAUUGUUCGCAGCCGCCAUGGUCGCUGGAAAUGUGGCCAAGUUGCCGGCGAAAGAUCUCAAUAGCGCUGCUUUGAACUUCUUCGUCGCCAGAACGGUGUAUACGGCCUUGUACAUCACCGUCAAGAAUGAUGUGGUGGCGUUUGCACGGACAGGGGCGUAUUUCUGGUCCAUUGGAAUUCCCAUGAUGACGCUCUGGAGAGCAGGCCAGGCAGCUUCACAAGACAUUUGA